GCUGGGUUUGAGCCGGGCGGUGAGCGGGGCCGCGAUGGCGGCCGGCGGCGUCUGAGGGGCGGCGGGGCCGCGCCGCGCUGAGCAGGGCAAGGCAAAGAGGGUGGGGGGCGCAGGGAUGGCGGAGCAGAGGCGGAGGCUGAUGCGGCUGGCGGUGCUGGAGGAGCUCCGGGCUUCGUACGGGAUCAAGGUGAAGAGUGGGAGCUGCCUGGCGGUGGCCAAGGCGCCGGGAGCGGCGGCGGCGGAGGGUAAAAUCUUUGGAAUAUCUUUUCAUGCGUUGCCACAAUCACUUGUGCCAGAAUAUGGUUAUAUUCCAAGCUUUCUUGUUGAUACUUGUGAAUAUUUGGAAGAACAUGUUCAUACUGAGGGACUCUUCAGAAAGUCUGGAUCUCUAGUUCGCUUAAAAGCUUUGAAGAGUAAACUGGAUCAAGGUGAAAACUGCCUCUCAGCUGCACUGCCAUGUGAUGUUGCAGGGCUUCUCAAACAGUUCUUCAGAGAGCUGCCUGAACCCAUCCUUCCACCUCACCUGCAGGAAGGCCUUUUCAAAGCUCAGCAGCUUGGAAAUGAGAAGAAAACUGCGACUGUGUUGCUGUCCUGUUUGAUGGCUGACAGAACAAUUGCAGCUUUGAGAUACUUUUUCAACUUUCUGAGAACUGUGUCCUUAAGAUCCAAGGAAAACAGAAUGGAUAGCAGUAAUCUGGCAGUAAUUUUUGCUCCCAACCUCUUGCACUCAAAUGAAAAUGAAAAGAUGUCAGCUAGUACAGAAAAAAAAAUUCGCUUGCAAGCUGCAGUCGUGGAAACACUUAUUGACCAUGCGGCAGAAAUCGGACAAGUACCAGAAUUUAUAUUGGAAAAGAUUCCUUCAAUGCUAGGUGUUGAUGUCUUUCAGUCGACACCCUCACUGUGGGGCCAUGAAGACAGUGAGAAUGAAUCUCCCAGUGAAUGUAAGAGGAGGAGGCACCGAAGUGUUGGGGAUAUUGUUAGUGGAGCAUUGAAUAAAUUUAAAUCUAACAGAACACCCUCCACUACACCUCAACAAGACAGAAGCGUCCUUUCAUCAGUGACUCCGGUGGUUCUUACUCCAAGCACCAAGCGUAAACUUCCAACUGAUUGCUCUCAGGGCUUGUCCAGCAAGAAGAGACGAUCUUUUAAGCAUAGUUUUGCAUUUGAGUUUUUACCAAGUAGCAUUUUUAACAGCAGCUCAACACCAGCAUCAGUUCAGUUUGAAGCAAGUCCUUGUGUCUGUCUUGAGUCAUCACAAACCUCACUAUCUCCUUCAACCAUGGGUGAAAAUCAUGUGUCCAGUUCGGGUAAUAGAAGAAGCAAAAGACUUGCAAGCAAAAAGCUAUACAGGGCUGAAUCAGGAAAGACAGGUUGUUUUUCUCCAAAGAUAAGCCGAAAAGAAAUGGUUCGUAGGUCUUUACGCUUGAAAUUUGGUUUGGGGAAAAGCAAUAGAGAAAUGAAUAUUGUAUCAGGAUGUACAGUUGGCAAUAGAUCAGAAAAUAUUGGAAGGCGUCUUGCAAGUCAGCAAGGUUUGGAAAGCAGAACUGAAUGUGCAAAAAGGGAUGUACUCUUCAGCCCAUAUGUCAAUGAAAAGUUCCCUAAGAAAGGUUCCAGGAAUGUAAGCAAAUCAGAAGAAAACUUGCUAACUCCAAAAUGUCACAAUAAAGUAGAUCACCGAAUGUCAUGGAGUAGUCCUGCUGUUACGGAUUCUCAGGUGAUCAACAAGAAUGAGCAAAUGCUGCCAGGACACACUGAAAUGGGAGUCAGCUCUUCAGAACCUGUUUUGGUGUUUGGAAAGCCACCAGUUACUCCAGAUGAAUUCAAAUCUGCAACUGUAAGCAAACAAGACAACAACCUGGAGCUUGUACUUUGUGAAGACGAAAGCAAUUCAACUGCAGAAACAUUAUUGAAAGUUAAGCAAGCCUUCUCUGCAUCUGGGAGUAUUCUUCACAAUUUGAUAGGUGAUAAAAAAUCAUCCCUCUCAGUUGUAGCAAGUGAAGUAUUAAAUGAAAGUCCAUGUCUCACAGGGCUCAGUUCAGCAAAAGAAUCGUUAGUGGAAGACGUUUCUGAAAAUCUAGUAAAUGUAAAAUCCAGAGAGCUGUUGCACCAAUUUAAUCAAUCUUCUGCUGCUGAUAAACAGCAAUCAAAAAAAGAGGAAUUUGAAGUUUUGGAGAAAAGAAACUUCAAAACUUCUAUUGAGAUUGAACUUCAGGUCCCAAAAACAGAUAUAAAAAAAGGAAAAGAACUUCCUAUGCCUCAAGUACUAGCCAAGGAAGAUAAGUUGACUGUUGAGAACAGUUCAACACAAGAUGACUUACACCAAUUAGAUUGCUCUGGAAGAAAAGAGAAAAUAGAAUUAAUACACUCACAAACAGCUGAAAGCUGCAUGGUAAAGUGCUGUGAUUUGGAAGAGGGUACUGCUAAACCUUCUUUGGCAGGACAGCUUCCUGCUUCGCAAUUGCCUAAAUCACAAAAUGAAAUAGGCAACCAGUACUUGAAAGCUGAAAAUUUGGAUAAAGCUUUAACUAAAACAUUGACUGUUUCUGACCACGGAAAGGUUUCUGACCACAUACAGUGGUUCAACCAGCUUUCAAUAAAUGAUCCAAAUUCUGCAAGCAAAGUGAAACCACCUCUGAAGUUUCAACGUACUCCAGUUAGACAGUCUGUAAGAAGAAUGAAUUCCCUUUUGGAGGCUAACAGACAAUCUGUAAGCUCUCGGGCGGUUAAAUCAAGCAGUGUUGGUUCACCACUUGUUAAAUCUUUGAGCUAUGAUUCUGCAGUAUUCCCCUGCACAGAAAAGCCCUCGAAGAAUUCCGUGCGUUUGCCACGCAGGAGUGAAAGCACAUGUAACCAAGUUUCUGUAGCUCAUAAGCAGCUAGACUUAACUUCUAAAUCAUGUUGCAGGCCAUUAAAUCCAUCAGAAAAGCCUGAUGUUUCUGUCAGAACUGUUGGGAUCCAUGAACAAAAAGUUCAUCCAUCAAAGUCUGUUCUAGAAGAUCUAACCAAUCAUGAAAUGGUUAAAUCCAGUUUGAAAGUUAAUGCAAAUAUAAAUAUUCCAGGUGCUGCCUCAGAAAAAUCUAUGAUUGCAAGAAGUGCUCCAGGAAAAGAAAGAGCUCGUUACAGAGGCUCUCCAAAGAAUCCAAUAUCUGAAGUAAAACUACUGCCAACUGCAAAGCCAGUAGACUUAUAAGAUCAAAUGUGACAGCUAAAUGGGUUCUUCGCAACUUGGUUAACCUUUGGAAAAAUCUAAAUUUGUAUGACUAUUUUUUUAGCUCUUCUUAUUUGUAAUUUUUCAUUUAUUUUAAAUGAAUGAGUUGUGAAGAUGUACAAAUAGAAAUUCGUUUUAUAUUGAGGUUUUCUUCAUUUACUGAAACUUCUGUAAAUGCUAGUCAGUUCAACUAAAUUAAUUUGACUUAUAAAACAAAAAUAAUCUGUUUCUACAAAUGUUUGUGCUAGAUCUCAAGUUUUGAUUAUCUCAGCUUUUAAAAACAUGCUUCAUCUCCAAAACAGUUCUUGCAGUAUUUUGAUAAAGUAUCAAGUUUAAAAACAGCUUCUCAAAUGUUUAAUAUAAAACUAACGGACAUAUGAAAGGAAGUGUUUUGAUGCUGCGUAUUAGUAGUCAAAUUUACUUUUUAGUUUUAAGUGUAUUGUAGCACCCCUUGAUACUACUAAGUUGGACCUCAUAUGAGCUCUAUUUCUUUUGCGACAAUGUUUCUUAUUUUUACUAGAGUAAAUUGGGAGCAUAUUUUCCUUGUUGAGUAGGUAAAUAUCAAAAUACAAUUCAUGUGUGCACACACACUGGAGAAUUAUUAGAACACAUGGAAAACAAAUGUGCCGUUUAUUCAAUAAUUGACAAGUCUUACAACUUCAUCCAGCGAUGUGUUCUGCAGUAGGUACUAAGUAUUUUCAGUUGUGAGUAGUAAAAUGUUUUAUCUUAAUAUGAGAGGGGAGUUUUAACUUAUUUUUAGAGCUGUAGAAUUAUGUUAACUAAGCGGUGCAGAAGCUGGGUUUAUAUGCUGAAAGUGUUGCAAGAGACAAAUGUAAGAAGCCAUAGUAUGUUAAAGGUUGAUUUGCACAAGCAAAUGUUUACAUCUUUUGGAAUGAAAACUGUUUGUCUGUCAUCAGUUGUAAAAUUAUUUAAGAGUAAACACUUGAAACUGUUCGUUAGCUUUUUAUAUGUGUGAAUUGCUUAUUGGCAAAAGGUUAGAGCUGAGGCACUGGAUACUUUUGGUUUUAAUAAAACCAUUGUUUUUUCCCCUUU